AUGACAGAGGCGAUACCAGCGGCGGGCCUCGCGCCUCUGACUGCGUCGGGGGACACGGUCGCGGGAGUCGUGGAGGCAGCGGAGCAGCCACAGAACGACGCACUCUGCGGCGUCGCCGCGGCGCCUCUGGUCUCCUCUGAAGGUCUGCAGAUGGCUGCAGCAGGGGACGUGGAGGCGGUGAAGAGCGCCGGCGCAGCCGCUGCCGACGAGCUCUUGCACUUGCAUCUGGGGGAGAACGCCGCUGCGCCCGAGGCUGCGAAUCUCGAGCUUCUGCAGCUCAAACCGGAGAGCGUCGCCUUGCCGACUCAGCUGCAGCUCGAGCAGCUCAACGCCCUUCAGCAACACGUUCAGAACCAGCUUUUGCAGGCGGCCGCGACUACCGGCACGCCGGUUCCCGACGGCGAAGCUGAGGGCAUGCAGAUCGAUCCAGGCGCAGGGGUCGCGGAACGCGCCGCCGGAGACGAGAAAGAAACGGGCCCUGGCGCAGGACCGCACUUUACCAGAAAGAGAAAGGCAGCUUGGGGGGGGGAGAGCGGAGGAGCAGAGGGCGAGCCGGGCUCGGCUGCGCUUCUCCUCCCUGCCACAGGCGGCGCGACAGACAUGAAUGAAGUCCAGGCAGAUCAUCUCCGCCUCUUGGUUCUCCAGCAGGGCGCCAAGGCAGGGGCCGCAGGCGUUCCGCUCGGCGUGGCUGCCGUUGGGGGCCGCGUGACCCCCAGCGCCACAGGUCUCUCCUUCCCGUCGCUCCAGUUUCCGGAGGAGCCGCAGAGCCCCGAGAAGGCGUCCGCGUUGCCGUCUCUCCUGGGGGUGAGCAAGAAGUCCCGGCGGGGGAUGCAGGCGUCGGAUCCGGGCCUGAACAGCUCCUCGCUCUCUCCGUCGCGCGGCACAGAGACAGGCAAACCGACCCCCGCCAAUCCGCUGCUGCUUCUCGGCGACGCCGAUCACCACUCCGCGUCUUCGCUGUCGACUCCGCAUGGGACCGGCGGACACGGAAACUCGACUGAGGCGACGCCGUCUUCAGCGGCGGGCUCGGGAGACCGGAAGGUGAAGCGAGAGGAGAUGGAGCCCAUCAAAACCCGGCGGUCGGCGCGCGCCGCGGCGGCCGCCGCCGCCGCUCAGGCUGCAGCUGCGAUGGCGGCUGCCGCUGCGGGAGAAGCGGCGAAGGCGGACGCAGUCGGCAAGGAGAAGGAGCUCUCUGCGGGACCGCAGGACUUCAGUCAUGCGGCCGUCGCGCGGGCGGCCUCGCAGCCGGGCGCCCUCGCCAGUAUCCCAGCUGUGCAGGGCGCCGGAGUCUACCUCGACCAGACGUCCGCCGCUUUGUCGGGACUCGUCGUUCCCGGACUGGGCAAGGGGGGCCUGUCCGCCCCCGGGAUUCCCGCCCCCGGCCUGCCAGGCGCGGCCGCAGGCUGCGCGCCCGUGCAGGCGGGUGUCAGCGCCGCCCUUCUUCCAGCGAUGACCUCUGCCGGUCUCGCGGGCGCGGCGCCGGGCGCUGUGUCGUCGCUUCUUCCCUCUACGACGACGACGCGCGGCAGCCACGCGCCGGGGGCCGCUGGAGCCCAAGCGGCUGCCGGCGCGCAGGGUGCCGCGGAGACCGGCGAGUACGAGCGGAACGACCUGCUGAUGCGCCCGGGGGUGAGUUACUACGGCGGCCGGCAGGCGUGGGUUGCGGAGAUCAAGUAUGGAGGCCGCAGACGGUUCAAAGUGUUCAGCGUCGCCAAGUACGGGUACGAGGGCGCCAAGCAGAUGGCCGUCGACACCCGAGAGAGGUGGGAGGAGGCGCGCGAGGCUGGCGAGCUGGACCAGCUCAUGAUGAGUUCGCAGCGACACCAGUGCCCAGUGCAAAGCGGCGUCAAAGGCGUCUACUACGACACCGCGCGGAAGGGGUGGCGAGUGGUCGUGACGCUCAACUGCCGACAGAUGAGCAAGUUCUUCCUCGCUAGCAAGUUCGGAAACGCAGAAGCCAAGCGCCUCGCCAUCGAAUGCCGCCAAAUGUGGCUCGACGCCAUCCAGAACGGCCGCGCCGACGACGUCUUCGAGAAGGCGAGGAAACUCGUCUCUUUCAAGACCAAGGGCGCCGCGAACAACGCCGCCAACGGCGGCCACAGCAGUGGAGCCCCAGGCGCUGCACCCGGCGCGACCGGCGCGCAUCCUCCCCCCAGUGCCUCUGCCGGCGCUUCUGUAGGCGUAUGUGGCGGCGCGCCGGGAGGCCUGCAAGGCAGCCAGGGCGCGCUUCUGGGUGCUGCCCGCUUUGCCGGGAACGGCGCUGCAGCGGCGGGCUCUCCGCACCAAGCCAUGGGGGCCGCCGGUGUCGGGGGCCCUGACCUUCCUCAUGCGUCCUCAGUUCUUCUCGCCGCGGCAGCCAGCGGUGGCGCUGCUGGCGGCCUCGGGGGCCUCCAAGGCCCUUCGCCGGGCUUGUUGAACUCGUCCCUCACUUCCUGCCUGGGCAAGUUCGGGGCGACUCCCCCUGGAACCGGGCUCUCCGCGGACGGCACCAGCAGCAGCUGUCUCUUCUCGGCGAACGCAGCCGCGCCGUCCCUGAAUCUUCGCGACGCCUCCAACGAGCUGCUCCUGGCGGCCGCGGCGGCUAACGCCUCCUCCGCGCAUGCAGGAACAGCGGCGCUCCUCUCCGGUCUCCCGGGCGGCGCCGCUGGCGUGCCGGGGGCGGCCGGUGUCAGCCAGAAUGGGACCGCGGGGGCCACUGGAGGCGAAGGCGCGUCGUCUCUCGCCGCGGCUGCCGCCGCCGCUGCCUUCCUGACUCCUGCCUCCCUCUCUUCUGUGCCUAGGGGCGUGCGGGAUCCUGCGGCAACCGCCGGAAACGCUGGGGCUGGUGGAGCGCCCACGGACGAGGCCGCAGCGGCCGGCGCGCAAGGCGGGGCUGCGGCGCCCGCUGGCGGACCCUCCGCUGCCUCGUUCGGGCUUGCGGCCUUCACCGGCGCGGGAGGGGCGCCAGGGGCUGCUGCCUCGGGGGCGGAUGGCGCUAGCGGCGCCGCGGGCGCGGCGGGGACUGCAGCUGGAGCGGCGCUUCUCGCUGCGGCGAGCCAGCAAGGCUUUGAUCCGAAGCUUCUUCAACAGCAGCAGCUCGCUGAGCAACAGCUGAUGCUUCAGCAGUGGGGUGAGGCCGCUGCCGCUUUCGCAGGAGGUGUCGGUAUUCCGCAGGGCCUGUUUUCUUCAGCUGCCGGGUGCGCCGAUGGCGACGGCAACGCUGGCGCGAUGCGAGAUCCAGCUGCUGCGGCGAACCACCAGCAACUUCAGCUUCAGCUUCUCCAAGAGCUGAACCGCGGGGCAUCGCUGCCUCCUCUGCUCGACGUCCUUUGGGGUCAGAACGCAGCGGCCGCGGGGGCAGCUGCAGCGGCGGCGCGCGGCGCCGGUGCGACUCCCGGUCCCGAAGGGACCUGCGCUGUGGGCGAGAACGGAGAACUUUUCGCGCUUCAGACAGGCGCGGGAAGGACGGCGGCAGGUGGCGCUGUCGGUGUGGGUCUCGGAGGCCAGGAAGAAGGCGGAGCAGCGGGAGGCGAGGGCGCAGCGGCCCAGAGUGCCUGUGGCCUCUCCGCGCCGGUGCUCUCCCUCCUGCUGCAACAGCAGGGCCUCCAUCAGCAGCAACUCGCGGCGGCGGCGCGGGGCUGCGGCGCUGCGCCGGGGUCGGGUGCCGCGCCGCUGUGCGGCUUCAACAGGGACGGCAACCUGGUCAUGAUGCCCAGCCCGAUCGUGGGUGGCGCGCAAGGCUGUGCCCUCUCUGGGCCGCUGGCGGGCGACGGCGUGGGGGGCGAGAAAGCGGCUGCUGGUCAGCUUGGUGCCGUCGGCGCCUCGGCCGCGGUGGGCUCGGGCAUGGGUCAACUCGGCGCAGGGGCUUUGCUAGGGGCCGCUGGAGCGUCUGGCAGUGUGGCGGCAGCUGCAGCCGGUGCGGGGAGUUCGAAGCGACGCCGGGGUCAACAGGGUGCGGCGGGUGGACUGCAGACUCCUGGCCAGAACGCGGGUCACAGUGGCGCGGCGGCGGGCGUGGCUGGCGGAGCGGGUGGCUCGCUGCGGCGUCAUCAGAGAGGCGGGAAAGACGCAGCCGCGGGCUUUGGGGGCGCAGGCGCCGGAGGCGCAACGGGCGUCCCUGGAGCAGAUGGCGUGGGAGGCAAAGCGCCGGGCGCAGCAGGAGCGGGAGUCGGGACCGGCACAGAGAGCAGCACGUGUGACGUGAGAGGGGUGUAUCUGGAUACGCGGAACAACGCGUGGGCAGCGACCAUGGGCGUCCACGGCAGGAACGUGAAGAAGAGUUUCGCGGUCGCGAAGCACGGCUACGAGACUGCGCUGCAGCUCGCGAUUCACGCGCGGAGACAGUUGGAGCGCAUCUACUGGGGAUCGAGCCCGGGUGACGAGCCCGGUGCGGCGUCAUCCUUGCUGGGCCUCUCUGGCGGGCGAGGGAGCGGCGGCGCGCUCUCGGCAGCGGCUGCUGCUGCAGGGCCCACCGCGAGCGUGAACAACUCCGCAGCCCUCACUGCGCCUCUUCCAGAGACGCCCGCGGCUGCGGGCCCGCAGACCCUCAUCCACUCCCAGCAGCCUCUGUCUGUGUCGCUGCAGGGCCUCUGCUGGCCAGGGACUGGCGGCGUCGCGCAGACCGGCGCGGCUACGGCGUGCACGCGGCCGGACGAUGACAUGGCAGCUGCGACGAGUAUGGCGGCGCUCCGGGGCGCGAUCCUCGACCCUGCGUCGCUCUCCCGUCUCUCAGGGGAGAAUGCGUCGACUGCAGAGGCCGCCGCGCGCACAGCUGUCGCCGCGGGCUCUCUGCUGUACGGUGCGCCGUUCGGCUCGUCGCUUCCCGCGGGCCUGGCGGCGAACCCGGCGAUGGUCGCGCCAAACAGCAGCGUGGCAGGGGUCGCGGGCGCCAACGCCGCCGAGCUGCCGGUUGCACCUGGCGGCGUGGCGAAUGCCGCCGCCUCGCGUCUCCGCGCCGGAGGCGUCUCCUCGGAAGAAGGCGCAGCGGGCGCCAGCGGGGUCCCGGGCGCCGUAGAAGGCGUGCUGGCAGGCGCUGGGGCGGAGAGCCUCUUGUCCGCGUCGGCGCCGGGGCUGACCCAGGCGGCUGCGGGGUCGACUGCCGGCGUCCUGCCAGGGGGCCCCACGCUGCUGGGCUCGGGCCUGGAGGCGCGAGAGGCCGCAGGCUCUCCGAAUGUGGCUAACCUGAUCGCAUCGUCAGCCGCUGCAGGCGGCUCGCCCUCGGGCGGAUUGAUUGUGCGGGACGCGCUGGCGGCGCUGCUGCUUCAGCUCGACCCGCAGCAACGCAUGGCUCUGCUGCAGGGCGACGUGAACUCGCUGAACUCGCUGCAGGCGGCGUUCUUGCAGAAUUCGCAGUUCGUCUCCGCGUCGUGCUCACCGGAAGCUACUAGCCAGCUCUUCGUGGGCGGCAACGGCGCCCCGGCAGCGGCUCUAGGCGCCGCAGGCGCGGCACCGUCGCUUGUGUUGCCGGGGGCGACCGCCGAGGGCGCGGCGGCCAUGGGCGGCGGCGUCGCGGGGCUUCUGUCCGGCUUGACGGAGGACGCGCUGGUGAGGGAGAAAGAGUUGCUCGCGGCUGGCGGCGACCGUGCGAAGGAAGCAGCUGGCGCAGGCGAGAUUACCGACGGCAAAACAGGCGUGGACGCGUCGGCAGCGAAGGUUGAGCAGGCGUCUGCGCUUGCCUUCGGCCCAGGGCAUGAGGAAGCUGCGGAGAAGAAGGGAGAGCAGGCUGCGAUGGGGGCGGGGGUCGCCGAGGGCAAAGAAGAUCAGGUAGUAGCAGCGGCAGGGUUGGCGGCGGGGCUCCCCAGCGUGGAGAGCGGCGGCGCCCUCACCGAGGCUGCGGGCGCGGACAUGCCGCAGCAGCUGCAGCAGGCUCCGCAGGAGGAAGGGCAGGUGAACGCUGGCCUGAAUGGCAAGCAGCAUGCCGCGGAGGAGAGAAACGAAGGUGCCAAGUCCGAGGCGGCCCCCGUGUCGGCAGCUCAGGACCAAGCGGCAGAGGUCGCCGGCGUUGACGCGUAA